CACAAAUAACAAGCGUAGACCCAAGGCGAGGCGAGGUCUCCUCUUCGGCGCUUACUUUUGAUGUCCAGCAAAUAAAAGAUCCCCCUCCAUGCAAUAAUUUUCUCGACGAGGAGUAGGAGACGACGCCCUUGUUCAAGGCGGCGUCAUCUUCUCUUCCCUCCCUGUCAUCCGGUCUCCUCUUUGAUUCUUCUGCUAAUCAUCAGCUGAUCCUUCCUUCUCCCCUCUCCCCUCUCCCCUCCGUGCUCCCUGCACAAUCCGUACCCUCCUCGGUCGUGCCAUUUCGUUUUGGCCCCGUCCACGUUCAAUCCCCCCAUCCGAGGCGGACAAGAACACGGCCGGCCGUUCCCUGUUCCCUAGAUCUGCGUGGCGGCGGCGAGAGGCAGAGAGGGCGCGCCCCCGCCGUCAAAACCCAAUCUUGGCGGCUGGCUGCGCGUCUUCUUCUUCUUCUUCUUCUUCUUCUUCUUCUUCUUCUUCUUCUUCUUCUUCUUCCUGCGACCUGCCGCGGGAGAUAAGGGGAGGAGGAGGAGGAGGAGGCGGCCAGCCCAGCAAUGGUGCCGUGGGAAGGCUACGUGAGCGACGAGACCAUGGGCACCUUCGCGCCCAUCCUGCUCUACUGGGUCUACGCCGGCGGCUACCAGCUCCUCCUGCACCGCCGCCCGCUCCAGCGCUACAGGCUCCACACGCGGGCCGAGGAGGAGGACAAGAACCUCGUCGCCCUCCCCGCCGUCGUGCGCGGCGUGCUCCUGCAGCAGCUCGUGCAGGCCAUCGUCGCCAUGAUCCUCUUCAUGACCAUUGGUACAUUAGGCUGCCGCCAUCAUUAUAUGAAUAUGGUUAAUUACUCAAAAAAUAUUCUGAUAAAAAGUUACUCAAAAACUUCAAUGGAAAACCUUCAGAGCAGAGUCGAUUCUCUUGUCUUUAUGGUGAUAAUUCUUAGGCAAGGAAAAAUAAUAUGCUGUAUUAUUACUUCAGAUAGUUCAACUGUUCUAGUCCAGCCAUCUAUGGUGGUUCAAUCGUUUCAGUUCCUGGUUGCAAUGCUGGUGAUGGACACAUGGCAGUAUUUCGUGCACCGCUACAUGCAUCAGAACAAAUUCCUGUAUCAACAUAUCCACUCACAACAUCACCGGCUGAUCGUUCCUUAUGCCAUCGGGGCUCUCUACAACCACCCAUUGGAGGGGCUUCUACUGGACACUUUAGGUGGUGCUAUGUCCUUCUUGGUUUCCGGUAUGACGCCAAGGACUGCCGUAUUCUUCUUCUGCUUCGCUGUGCUCAAGACGGUCGAUGAUCACUGCGGACUUUGGUUGCCAUAUAACAUCUUCCAGCACUUGUUCCAAAAUAACACGGCGUACCAUGAUAUCCACCAUCAGCUCCAAGGCACAAAGUACAAUUACUCUCAGCCGUUCUUCUCAAUAUGGGACAGAAUCCUAGGAACCCACAUGGCCUACGACCUACUGAGCCGGAAGGAAGGGGGAUUUGAAGCAAGGCCAUUGCGAGACUAGCAUCGAACUCAUUUUAGUGUACAUAACUCCAGCGACUCGGCGGGAUACGCGAUGCUCUUCCACUCCCUGGCAGCUUACAGGAGCCAUCUACACAUCUUGUAAGAUGAUGAAGGUAUUCCAGCACUCCGGGUUAUUCUCUUCUUCCACGUCUUGGUAAACUGGAGCUGUUGUGUUGUGUUCUUUUCUCCUGGAGUUAAUCUAGUUAGACCCGUUCACCUUGAAUGUGCGUGUUUAUAUACGGGUAGUCGGUUACUCGUGAGUUCUUUUUCUGGCUCUUUCAUGUGUAAAGCUGCCGUUUGAUUACAUCUCUGUGCAGAUAGUGUAUUCGCAAAUCAGUCACACUUCUGUAUGUAUCCAAUUAUUCAUGUAGCUGAAUCUUUGGGCAUGGCUAUGACCUUCAACCCCAUAUCUGGCUACCUUGGUGAGAAUUCAGGUCCGGUCUGUUGCAUGUUUCAGAAACAGAAAAAAUGAAAGGAAUGGGAAAAAAAAGAAAUCCUGCUUUGUAUGGUUA